UAGAUUGAUUGUGGUUAGAGAUUAAUUUUGGUGUGAGCAUUGAGCAACACCAAAGGUCCGCAUAUCUCAAUGGACCAUCGGCCUCAAGUAAAACAACUGGUUGCCGACACUGUUGUCAUUAUUAUCGGGUAAGUUUCUACAAUGUCCAGUGAAAUGUGAUCCCGGGCACAUGAGUCCGUUAGCUAGUUAAAAUUCGCCUGAAAAACUGCAGACAGUGUGCCAGCCGCCAUGUCUUCGUUGCGAAGCCUGACAGAUGACAUGGACCUGUACCACAGGGCCUUCAGCAUCUACCAUCGGAUCGCCGAGCGGGACAAGGUCUUGGGGCGGUGGGUGGAGAAAGAACUGAGGGAGGUCGUCAACGGAUGGACCGCCGGUGUGACCGGCCAGGAGCCGCUGAGGGUUCUCAGUAUCGGACCGGGCGAAGGAGCUAUUGAAACGAAGAUUUUGCAAGUGCUCCACGGCUGUAGAAAACCACACCCCCGCAUCCACACGACAGUUCUGGAACCCGUAGCCGACCAGACGGACCGUUUCAAACAGCGAGUCGCCGAUCCAGCGGCUCAGCUGCCGGACACGACCUUCGACUGGCGGAUUGAGAAGCUGGAGGACUACCAGGCCGCAGCCGCCAACGCCGCCAAGUUCCACUUCAUCAGCAGCGUGCACUCUAUUUACUACGUGCCGGACCUUGAGGCGUCUCUCAAGGACCUGUACGCCCGGCUGGAACCCGGUGGGCUGAUGCUGAUUGUGCUAGUAGCAGAGGAUUCUGGCAUGGGUCGGGUGUGGAAGGGCUUCCCGGGGUUGCAGAGCAUGAGAGACCCCUACCCGACCUCGGCCGAGAUCGAGUCGGCAUGCGCCAGCCAGGGCAUUCCCCUAGGUCGCCAGCUGACCAUCAAUGUGCGCUCCAACAUCGGGUUCUGCCUCCCUGAGCCUCCAAACCUCUCUGAGGAAGGCAGCCUGCUGCUGGAUUUCUUCGCCCACGUGGGGCACUUCGUGCGGGACGCCCCUCCCGAUCUGCAGCGGAAGGUACGGGAGUUUCUGGGGAGUGACAAGUGCUCUGAGAGAGGGGCCGGAGGCGAGGUUAUCUUCAAGGGAGACUGGAGGGCAUUUAUUAUUGAAAAGUAAAACUUACCAAGGAAUAAUCGUCGCACAAGAAACUCAACUUCUGUUUGCAUUUAAAUAUGGAUAGUGUAGUUUUGAAUAUGGCUACCAAAUGUGUAGGCGAUACGUUCAAGUUUGUUUAAAAUGUAAGAUAAAAAGCAUUUCAUAAGACAUUAUUUUUUUAAAUUUUAAAAGAUAAAAUCGGACAGUUUCAGUAUCAUGUCAAUAAAAAUAUCAGGUCCUAUCAAUUAUGAUGUAUAAUUAAGUGAUGGGGAUGUGUAUUUGGAUACAUUCCAAGUCUGUGGUCAACGCUAUAUUUGGUCUUGUUUUUAAUAUCUAAUUUUUUUUAUUUCAUUUAUUUCAUUUAUAGACCUACGAUCCUUCCUACAAGUUUGAUGAUUUCUAAAUUAAGUUUAGUUGUCACUGUAUGCACAAACUAUUUGUACUAUUUCUUUGUCCACCCUUUUCUGUAUGCGUGUCAAGUUAUUGCAAGAUUAAAAUUAAUACGCUUCGACUGGCUGUGACAGAAUGACCACGCGAUAACGGUUCCCGCUAAAGCGCUAGGCUGACUUCCCAGCGCCCCAACACUUCUCAUUGGCUAGAGGUUUUUCCAUGCUAAAUUUGCGUAUCUGUGGCCUUUCAUUUUGCAUCAUUAAAGCCAUUUUUGGAAAGGUGUUGGGUGACCUCACUUUGAUACAAAUGUCAACAUUGCAUCAAUACUGUGUCACGACUUAUGCAUGUAUAAUAAAAUAAUGAUGCACAGUGCAA